UCCACUUUUAAGAGCACAGCCGGCUGGUCCCUUUAAGGGAAGCUGUUAUGCUGGCUGGGAAAGCAGAAACCUGCCUGGAAAGCCCGGCCCAGCAAUCCCUCCCUCUCUCCCCCCACCUCCGGCCCGCCCUGCUAGCUGGUGCUUGUGACAUUCAGCAAGGAGGGGAUGAACCUGGAGAGACGGAGGAGCCGGCGGCGUCGGGCUGAUGGAGCAGAGAGGAGCCCUCCCCACUAUCAGCCGGGCCAGGGGGGCUGCUAGGGGGCUGCUGCUUGGCUGAGGAGAAGUGGGGAGCAGGGGGCUGGCUGGCGUCUCCCCCGCCCAAGCCCCCCCACCACCUUCCUCUGAGAGGAUGGAGAAGGACGGCUGCAGGAGCUGAGAGCUGCCCUCUCUCGGUCUGCUCUGCAGUCACUACUUGGCAGCCGGCUGGUCCUUGCCCUGCCCAGCCCAUCGCAGCAGAGCAUCCUUUGGGAAGAGAGAGAGAGGAGAGCCCAGGACCUCCGUCCAUCCCUCAGCAUCCUUUUCCUUUUGUCUCCAAAAGGAGGGGGAAAAACCGCUGCUGCUGCAAAGAGAAGAGGGAGGGGGGAAGAGAGAAGAAGAAGAAGAAGCCAGCACCCACCCACCCACCCACCCCACAUGUCUGCAGCUUGGGGGGUGGCGGCAGGCAGGACCCAAAAGCCCCGAGCACCCCAGCAGAAAAGGGGAGCCUGCUGUCCAUCACAUCCAGACGCGAGGGAGCUGAGCCAGCAAUAAAAAGGAAGAGAAGAGAGCGAGUUCAGUGGCGAUGGCCGAGAAGAGCCUUGACCCUGCAUGCGUCUCCAUCGCCCUGGAGGACACGGUGUGCAAUUCCGGCUCGCAGGAUGCUCCCCUCCUGACCACCCACCUGAAGAAGGUGGAGAACCACAUCACGGAAGCCCAACGGUUCUCCCACUUGCCCAAGCGCUCGGCUGUGGACAUUGAGUUUGCCGACCUGUCGUAUUCCGUCCGGGAGGGCUCCUGGUGGCGGAAGAGAGGAUACAAGACGCUGCUGAAAUGUCUGUCUGGGAAGUUUUGCCGCCGCGAGCUUAUCGGGAUCAUGGGCCCUUCCGGAGCUGGGAAAUCAACCCUCAUGAACCUCCUGGCUGGUUACCGGGAGACGGGCAUGAAGGGGCAGAUCCUCGUGAAUGGGCGGCAGAGGGAGCUGCGCACCUUCCGGAAGAUGUCUUGCUACAUCAUGCAGGACGACAUGCUCUUGCCGCAUCUCACCGUGCGCGAGGCUAUGAUGGUUUCUGCCAACCUGAAGUUGAACGAGAAGCAGGAAGUCAAGAAGGAGCUGGUGGACGAGAUCCUGACAGCUCUGAGUCUUCUGGAAUGUUCUUAUACCCGCACGAUGUCCCUGUCCGGAGGGCAGCGCAAGCGCCUUGCCAUCGCCCUGGAGCUGGUCAACAAUCCCCCGGUCAUGUUUUUCGACGAACCCACCAGCGGACUGGAUAGUUCCUCCUGCUUCCAGGUGGUCUCGCUGUUGAAAUCACUGGCCCAGGGCGGUCGCACCAUCAUCUGCACCAUCCACCAGCCCAGCGCGAAGCUCUUUGAAAAGUUUGAUAAGCUUUAUAUCCUGAGCCAAGGUCAGUGCAUCUUCAAAGGAGCGGUGCCCAACCUCAUCCCAUACCUGAAAGGGCUGGGCUUGCAUUGCCCCACCUACCACAACCCAGCUGAUUUCAUUAUCGAAGUUGCCUCGGGAGAAUACGGUGACCUAAACCCACUACUGUUCCAAGCGGUCCAGAAUGGGCUCUGUGCCAUGGAGGAGAAGAAGAGCAGUCCAACCAAAGCAGAUUCUUCUUGCCCAGGGCACUGCGUGGCAGAUUUGGACCACAUCGAGAGCCAUACUUUUGCCACCAGUACCAUGACCCAAUUCUGCAUCCUCUUCAAGAGGACGUUCCUGUCUAUUAUGAGAGACACGGUGCUAACCCACCUGCGGUUCAUGUCUCACAUCUGCAUCGGUGUGCUGAUUGGACUGCUCUACCUGCACAUUGGCAAUGACGCCGCCAAGGUCUUCAACAACACCGGCUUCCUCUUCUUCUCCAUGCUCUUCCUCAUGUUCGCUGCCCUGAUGCCCACGGUCCUCACUUUCCCGCUAGAGAUGUCUGUGUUUCUGAGAGAGCAUCUGAACUACUGGUACAGCCUGAAGGCUUAUUUUCUAGCUAAAACGAUGGCGGAUAUUCCUUUUCAGGUAAUAUGCCCCAUUACUUACUGCAGUAUUGUGUAUUGGAUGACGGGUCAGCCUCCGGAAGCCACCCGAUUUCUGCUCUUCUCUGCUCUGGCCACUUCCACCGCCCUGGUGGCCCAGUCCUUGGGGCUCAUGAUUGGAGCAGCAUCCACCUCCUUACAAGUGGCCACCUUUGUGGGUCCCGUCACAGCCAUCCCCGUCCUCCUCUUUUCUGGCUUCUUUGUGAGUUUCAAGACCAUCCCUACCUACCUGCAGUGGAGUUCGUAUGUCUCUUAUGUCAGGUACGGCUUUGAAGGUGUGAUCCUCACUAUCUACUCCUUGGAGCGGGAAGAAUUGGAAUGUAAGGUGCCCGAUUGUCCUUUCAAGGACCCGAUAAAGAUACUCCAGGAAUUGGACGUGGAGGAAGCUAAGCUCUACCUUGACUUCAUCGUCCUAGGGAUUUUUUUCAUCAUCCUCAGGCUCAUGGCUUACCUCACCCUGAAGUACAAGGUGAAGUCCGAAAGAUAAAAAGGGGACUUGGGCAAAACCCCCGAUGCCCUUUGGCGGAUGCUAUUGACUGCCCCACGAACCUACUUUCCAAAGGACACGGGGAAAAUCUGUGCAUCAUGGACUCAGAGAGGGUUGAUGUUGUUGGGUAACUGGUGGCUGACGUCACCUCAGUCGAGAAGAGUUGAUGAGACAUCUCGGAACUGUUUUAAUAUUUCCAGGCAUUCUCUUCAUUGGCAAAAUGGUCUUUCCUUUCCCCCCUCCCCUUUUCUUUGGGUAAAAUUCUGGAAUGUGUCAAAACUCUCUUCCCAGAGCAAUAUCAGCUGGAGGGGAAACCUGCCCUCAUUAGGAUGCCCAACCUCUUCCCUAGCAAAGCAGUUGGAAGAAACCUGGUUUUUGCUCCACUGGGAGGGGAAAUGGAAGGUGGAUGGGGAAAUGCUGGAAUCAAUUUGGGCAGGACCCAGGGGGGUUGGGAAAAGGAG